AUGCCUCCGCAACCCGGCGAGGAACGUAUUCUGACUAUUUUCGCCGACAUACAUUACUAUUUUACUCCACCGAUUUCGAAGCCCUUUCACCACCGAUUUGACAAGGGCUCCUACUUAUACAUUUACCACGAUGCCUCCCAGAAUCAGGCACGGAUUGAGAUUGCCAACAACCCCGGGACUUUAGACCAGGAUGCGUUUCAUGGGGCCAUGAACAACGUGCAUAUCCGACACUCAGCCCACUUCCCAACCCGCUGUACCUUGACGGUGGACGGGGUUGCUAGUUCAGCUCAGCGGCAGGUCUCUCAGUACGACUGGCGACUACCAGGUGCAGAUUCACGCAGUGGACACCUUGAACUACAUCGGCUUCAUACACUUGAUAUCUACUUUUGGACGUUAGAUGAUGCCAAUGAGUUCUUGGACACUGUCGGACGUGUUCUAGCCAUUGCCCAACUUGAGACAGAUCGGCCAGCGGCGCAACUAGACCCGCCGAUGAGCUCUGUGGUCCAGCAACUUGAGAGCGUGGCUAUCUCUGAUCCUGCUUACCAGAACGGACAGACACCCAACUCCCGAUCUGAACCCCCGGUGGUAGCAGCUCCAACCGCACAGGGGCCUCCUCAAACCAUGAGCUUCCCACCCCCUCCUCCAAGCGGGCCACCGACCGACCAUCAACCAUCCCAUGCCGGGACCCAGGCUUCUGCAGAAGAAAGGCGAGAUUCGGCCAGCUUCGCCCCUCUGCCAUACAACCCUGCAGCACCGGCAGCCCCAGAACCGAUCAAGCACCGCGAGAAGACACCCCCACCAGAGGACGGCACCCAGGGCACUGGCCUAGCUGCAGCAGUCGCAGCCGACCAAGGCAUCCCAUACACUCCCCCGCACCAGAUGGGCGGCACCCCAGGACUCAGCUCCUUCGCACCUCCACCGACCUCAACACAAGGCAUACCAUACCCAGGAGCACCAGCCACCGCUGAAACCGGCUACGCCUCACCACCCCCGAGUGCCGGCCUCUCACAUACAAACUCAUUCCCAUCUCAUCAACCCAACCAGACCCCAGGAGGUCUCCCCUCAUACCCGCAAUCCUUCCAUACAGGGCAACUGGGACCUGGCACACCGGGGUCGGCCCAAAUGUCUUUUGCUCCGCCACCGCAAGAUCCUAACGCACACCUCUAUGCUCAGCAAGUAUACGGUACUUCCCAGUCCCCGCCUCACCAGAUCGAACACGCCGCUCCAAUCGGCGGCUACUCGAACUACUCGUAUGCACAGCCCCAGGCGCAACAGCCUGCGUCUUCCGAGUACGAUAUCCACAGCCAGUUGUAUCGGCCGACGGAGGCGGAGGCUGGUGGGCAUGGACAGAAGAAUGCGCAGAAGGCGAUGAAAGCUCCCGGGCAGCGGCCGCGGAAGUUGGAGGAUAAUGUGAUGAAGUUGGAGAGCGGGAUGAAUCGGUUUUUGAAGAAGUUGGAGAAGAAGCUGUGA